GACUUGCCUUUUCAGAAAACACAAACCAUUUGAUUAUAGACAAAACAAGCAACCACUAGUUUGCACUAGUACCAACUAAUACGGACUACAGCUGAGCACCAAACCUGGGAUUGUGUCUCCUUUUGCCUCCUCGAAUCUCACGGUAACAAUGGCAAGGGUACUCGGUGUUGGAACUGGACUCUUCCUGCUAGCUGUGAUCAUUGUGCUGGCUCUGUUCCUGUGCAUUGCCUUUACAAAGGCUGGUGGAGCUCUUAAGAAUGUGGCAGUUGCUGUUGUUGCACUUGCUGUAAUUACAACAGUAAUUCUGGUCGCCCUGCCGCGCCAGCCUGAAACUGCAGCAGACCAACAAGUAACAGUCAUAACAGAUGACAUGGUGAUUCCAAGAACAGUGCUGUUAUCAUUCAUGGUCAUCUUCACUCUCCUGUCCCUGGCAUUUCUUGUUGUCUUUGAUUACGUGGAGCCCAUCUAUGCCAAGCCUAUCAGGACUAGAUAACAGUGCUGAAAAACUAAAGCACUUAUUUGUUCUGUAUGUACUUUCAAAGUAUACCCCAACUGUUCACACACAAGUAAAUGUACCUCGAAAUUUGUUGUUCAGAGAGUUGAAUGAAUGUUUUGAUACUUAUGAUAACAGCAUAAGAUAGGAGUUUUUAGAUGGCAACCAUGGUUGUAGCCAACGUUUUGCUAUGUGAUGUGUUAUAACAGUCAAAGGUCAAAGUUUAGUCAGAUACCAUACUGUAUAUACAAGAAUGUUUAGCAAUACAUGUUCUUGUAGUGUUUUGUGGGACAAGUUUUUUUAGACAUGAAUAUAAUGUUAUGAAACUUUGAAAUGGAAAAUGUAAGAAUUGUCUAUAUAGAAUUUGUAUAGCCUGACUAAAUUGCACUUAUAGCAGCCCUUCCAAUAUCUGUCAGCCUCUUGCUGGGAGGGGCCAGUGACAGCUCCGGACAGUGCAGUUUGUAUUGAUUUGUACAUAAUGUAUAUGAAGUAUUUCUGAAAAUGUUGACGUAUUUAGUUAUUUUCUAAAAUAACGAAAAAAUGUGUAAAAUUACAGUUUUUACUUUUUACAUGUGAUUUUUGUGUUAACAAAGCUGUGUGCAAAAUAUAAUGGACUUCAGAGUAAUUGUAUGUUACUUUUGAUAACAGGUAUAUCCUAUUAAAACUAGCAUUGCAUCUGAAA